UCCCGCAGAGACCUGCUAUCCUUUGGCCGGGGCCCUGCGCCUUCGGUUUCCUGACCUUGUCCACGGGAAGGCCGUUUUAUUUUUACAACUGCUCAAGUUUUGACAUACAAGAUGAAGCAAGAUGCCACAAGAAAAGCUGCCUACACGGUGGAUUGUGACGAUUAUGUGCAUGUGGUAGAAUUUAAUCCCUUUGAGAGUGGGAAUUCAGGAAACCUAAUUGCAUAUGGUGGCAAUCAUUACGUGGUCACUGGCAUGUGCACAUUUCAGGAGGAAGAAGCCGACAUUGAAGGAAUUCAGUAUAAAACACUACGAAAAUUUCACCAUGGAGUCAGGGUUGAUGGCAUAGCUUGGAGCCCAGAGACCAGACUUGAUGCGUUGCCUCCAGUAAUCAGAUUUUGUACAUCAGCUGCUGACAUGAGAAUCAGAUUGUUUACUUCAGAUCUUCAGGAUAAAAAUGAAUAUAAGGUUUUUGAGGGUCAUUCAGAUUUUAUUAAUGGUUUGGUGUUUGAACCCAAAGAAGGCCAAGAAAUUGCGAGUGUGAGUGAUGACCAUACCUGUAGGGUUUGGGACUUAGAAGGAAGUCAGACAGCUCAUUUUGCUCUCCGUUCCCCAGGAAUGAGUGUGUGCUGGCAUCCUGAAGAAACUUACAAGCUGAUGGUUGCAGAGAAGAAUGGGACGAUCCGAUUCUAUGAUCUUCUUGCCCAGCAGGCUAUUUUGUCUCUGGAAUCAGAACAGAUGCCACUAAUGUCAGCACACUGGUGCCUGAAAAACACCUUCAAAGUUGGAGCUGUUGCAGGAAGUGAUUGGUUAGUUUGGGAUAUCACGCAAUCCAGUUAUCCUCAAGAGAAGAGGCCCGUCCACCUCGAUCGAGCCUGUUUAUUCAGGUGGUCCACAAUUAGUGAACACUUGUUUGCAACAAUGGGCUACCCGGGCAAAAUGGCGAGCCAGUUUCAAAUUCAUCAUUUGGGGCACCCUCAGCCCAUCCUCAUCGGCACGGUAGCGGUUGGAUCUGGUCUUUCCUGGCAUAGGACUCUCCCACUGUGUGCAAUUGGAGGGGACCACAAGCUGCAGUUUUGGGUGACGGAAGUGUAAAAAAAUUUCUCUCUACUUUAGAUCCAUAAAAUUUGUAUUUUUAGUACAGAUUUUGGGAGAAUUCCUUAUUUUUAUAUUAAAAGUACUAUAUGCAUUAGAAAUACCUCUCAGUGCUUUCAUUAAAUAAAAUCUUGGUGGUUUGGAAAUGACUUUUCUACUCGUUCUCCUAUCUAGUUUUGUCAUCUUAUAAAACUGCAUAAUUGUCUCAGCAGCUCAGCUCCAAAGAAGAGGUGACUAAGGAAAAAUAAUGGUUUUGAUUUACCACUGGAUUCUUGACAAUGUAUCCUCUAUAUUUUGAAUAUAUGCUGUUUUCCAAAUUCAUUUGGAUACAAAUAUUUACAAAAAGAGAAAAAGUUCUCUUACUCUGAAACUCUUGUGGACUGUGUGUGUGUGUGUGUUUGUGUGUGUGUACGUGCCAUAUACACAUUUUCAUAGUAAUCUAUAUUUAUAGGAAUCAGUUCCUAAGUAGAAAGAUUAUAUCAUUCAAUUUAAUUUUAAAAAACAGAUUUUAAAGUUGCCUAAAAACAUCCUUGGUUAUGUUAGACACUACUGCUUUUCAUAUGCAUAUUACUUUAUAUACUUUAUAACCAUAUUUGGUAUACGGGCAUGGUGAAUUGAAAUCAUUUGCUAAGGUUCUUUUAUCCAGUCUUUGUAACUACUACUUAGUUACUAAGUAGCAGUGUGCAAAUAAGGUGUGCUCUAACUCAAGGGUUAGUUUAGGGUAAAGUGAGCCAUCUCAGAAGCAGAAACAGGGACUCCCAUAACCAUAAAGAUAGAAGAGGCCCCUAGAAGAAGAUCAUGGGUGAAAUUCUGGAGUGAAGUGCUGGAAGUAGCAGAGGCACCAGAGGCCCAAGCACUGAGACCAUGAGAUAGAGUUCUGUUGGUUUUCUGGCCCACAGAACAAGUAAAGCUGAAUACCUUCUGACAGAAGGAUAAUUUGCAAAGUAGUGUGCCCUCUGGGCAUUUAUCAGUGCUAGAGGAACUUGGUAACACUUGCCUGAGCAUGGUGGAGGCCAAGGGGCUGCCUGACUGAGAAGAUGAGGACCAGACAGAGACAAGACGUGACUGCCAGCAUGGCUGAGAAGACGCACUUCUGCAAACAAAUGGACUGUCUCCCAAAUGUUUUCUGAUCCUGAUGUGUUUGAUCGGACUUCCCUAAUAAAGCCCCAUAACCCUGA